AUGGGUAUUCACUGCUCACCGCAGAGCAACAUCUAUUGUCCCCCAACUCGACAGGACAUUCCCAUAGCGGCCAAUGUCAUCCUCAUAGAUGUCACUCUCAUAGAUGUCACUCUCAUAGCUGCAAAUCGGCCCCCGCCGAACAACGAUGGGAUGAGAACAAUCGAGAAUUCGAAGAUGGGCAUUGGCUAUUCUCUCCUAGACCGCAUACACUCCAUUUAUGCCCAAACAUCACCGGGGCAUCUUCCUCUUGCCAGGCGCGUCGGGCCCCCGAAGCUUGUAAAGAUCGGCCCCUUACGCCACGCGGACGAUGAAUUAAUUUCAAAUUGGCUGUCGGGUGUUUCUUAUUCCAACUGUCCAAAUGAAGAGACCAGCUUGACCGGGCAAACUACCCCGGUUUCUUCUCCAGAUGCGCCGGACUCGGGGGGUAAAGUCGACGUAGGUCCAAGCUUCACGUGUCCAAGCAUCGUACUACAGCCUCCCAAGCAAACCCGAUCGAUCGCGCAGUCCGGGACUGGCCUUGAUGGUCCACUUAGUUCUGAAGGCGAUAAGCUUUCAAAACUACUCAGGGGUGGGCUUAAUGAUCUAAAAGAGUCUAGUCGAAGUGCACAUCUAUCCGGCGGCUCUCAGAAGCUCGAGUCUAAUACAUCUGGAUCUAUAGACUGGGAGAAAAGCUAG